AUGAGUGAUAUAGAUAGGAUAUAUUUGUCAACACUUAUAUUAAUCGGCACUAUCAUAAGACGGACAAUGAAAAAAUAUUCAAUAAUUCUUCUUGUGUGUGCCAUUGUAUUGGCUAUUACUAUUGACAAUAAUUGGGCUCAAGCUGCUAAUAACGAUGAUUUCGAAGAAGCUCGCUCAUCAUCAAAUGAAUUUCUUCGUCGAAAACGUGGCAUCUUUCAUCCAGGCAUGACUGCAUGUGAAGAGCAAAAACGUGAAGCUCGAGAAGAUUACGAAGAACGAUGUGAACCAUCAAUUCCAUGGCAACGAGAUCGUAAAAGUAAUCGUUUUUGUCCUGAUAUUAAUGAAUGGCAUGAAUUAGAUACAUAUGAAAUUGGAGAUGGAGGUGGUUUUGAUUUAGAUACAUUGAGUAAAUUAAUGCCACGAAAUAUGAGUAUGGAAAAAAUUAUUGCAGGUGUUAUUGGUGGACUUAUUACAGCAGACUCAGUUCAUGCUAAUCGUUUUCUAAAACGAACUUUUUUUCAUCCCGGUUCAACAAAAUGUGAAGAACAAAAACGUGAAGCACGAGAAGAUUAUGAGGAACGAUGUGAACCAUCAUUUCCACUUUAUCGUAAUACAGGAACAAAUCGUUAUUGUCCAGAUAUUAAUACUUGGAGAGAAUUUGAUAAUUAUGAAAUUGGUAAUGGAUAUGAACCACAUGGUUCAACAAAUCAUGAUCGCACAAAUAGAGAUCGUAAUAAAGAUCGAAAUCAAUACAAUUCUUAUACUAAUGACUAUCCUCGUCCAACUUCAAGUGUUCCACCUCGAAACGAAUUUUUUGAUGUUGAAAACAAUUAA